UUUCAGGAGGAGAGCUGUCAGGCCAAGAGGUCUCCAUCCUCACCCCAGGGUGGGCCCAAGAAGAGGUCGGCGUUUGGGGACAUCACGAAUGCACACAAGAACCAGGUGGUGGCAGGGAAGAAGGAGGCUGUGAAAGUGGCACCACACAAAGCACAGAGAGCCCACACCUCCCUGGGGGUGGCCAAGAACAAUGAGAUCAACCUGAAAAAGUCAAUGAAGAAAGCUCCCCCAACAGAAGCUCCCACAGAACCUAAGGAGGAUCCUGUGCCGGAGGAGCCAGUGCCUGCUCAGGUACCGAAGAGAAGGGGUGACCAUGAAAAAUUCAUGCUUCCUGACUACAUGGACAAGCAGCCAGACAUCAGCAGGGACAUGCGUGCCAUCCUGGUGGACUGGAUGGUGGAGGUGCAGGAGAACUUCGAGCUGAACCAUGAGACGCUGUACUUGGCCGUGAAGCUGGUGGACCACUACUUAGUGGAGGUGGUGAGCAUGAGGGACAAGCUGCAGCUCAUCGGUUCCACCGCCAUCCUCAUCGCCUCCAAAUUUGAGGAGCGGUGCCCGCCGUGCGUGGAUGACUUCCUCUACAUCUGCGAUGACGCCUACAAGCGGGAAGAGCUCAUUGCUAUGGAGAUGAGCAUCCUCAGCACCCUCAAGUUUGAAAUCAACAUCCCCAUUCCCUACCGGUUCCUGCGACGCUUUGCCAAGUGCGCCCAUGCCACCAUGGAGACACUGACACUGGCCCGGUUCCUCUGCGAGAUGACCCUGCAGGAGUACGACUACGCCCGCGAGAGCCCCUCGAAGCUGGCUGCCAGUUGCCUGCUGCUGGCACUUACCAUGAAGAACCUUGGUGGCUGGACCCCCACACUGGAGUAUUACAGCGGGUACCGCUCCCAGGACCUCCAUUCCCUGGUGAAGAGGCUGAACUUCCUGCUCACGUACCAGCCCCAUGACAAGCUGAAGGCCGUGCGCACCAAGUACUCACACAGGGUCUUUUUUGAGGUUGCCAAAGUCACCCCUAUGGACAUGCUCAAGCUGGAGGAGAAAUUGAAGAGCUGCUAGCCCUGGUUCUGUAAAUAGCCUGUAAAUAGAUGAGUGCUCUCUGGCAGGGGAGCUCCAUGUACAUAAA